GGUUUUCCCUUAACAGAAACUCUAGUAAUUGUACCCUGUGUUGUUAGGCAGAAAGCCUUAAAUGCAAAAACUCCACCUCUCCAAGUUAGUGCAUUCCACCAUAAAAUGGAAUGCAUUUUCCGGACUGCGUGAAUUGCAUAAAGAGCACAACUUCUCAUUGUCUUGCAGCAAAACAACCACAUUUAGGGACAAAUACAUCUCACAUCUUGAACAGCCAUCGAAGGAGAGGCCUUACCCCACCACAUAGAGUGAAAUCUAUAUCUAUGGCAACUUUCAGUCCAGAGGAAAUAGACUUUAUAUCUGCCCGUGGCAAUGAGUAUUGUAGAAAAGUAUGGUUAGGAUUAUGUGAUCAAGAACAACUUAGCAAGGAUGAGCAACAGAUUAAAGAUUUCAUGAUAUCAAAAUACGAGAGAAAAAGAUAUUAUGUGAAAGCUGCUGAAAAUGAGUUUCUAGUCCAAAAUGGAAAUGGCAGUAAAAAUAGUAAUAUAAAUUCUAGCAUGAAUACUCCUAUACCAAAAAUUUCACCUUUAAGUUCCAAUUUAUCCUAUAUGACAAAUGGAGGGAGUGGCCUGAACAAUAAUACAAUUUCUAAAAUUAGCAAGAACAAUAAUUUGUCCCCAACCGGGAAAAACGACUUACAGAAUGGAAGCAGUUUUAUAGAUCCUUUUAGUCCAAUUAGCUUUAACCAAAGCAGUGCUCCUGUUAACCAUUUCAGCACUGAACCGAUGCUGCCUGAUCAACAGCAAACUACUGAUUUUGCAAAUUUUGACAACAAUCCUGUCUUCAGUAAUACUUCACAAACAGGUUGGUGGGACUUCAAUCAAAUUCAAUCUGGCAUUGAAAUGUCUGGAUUGAGUUACAACACUUGGGGAACAACACAUACUAUCUCAAAUUAUGAUACACUAUACCUAAAUAGUACAGCAGUGAAUAGUUUUGAUAAAUGCCCUCCACCACCAAGUGAAGAUCGCUAUGCUGCUCUUAAGGCAUUGGACAGUUUGAUGAAAUCUCAGGUUAUGGAAACGGCAAGUACUCAACAAACCCAGGCUUCUUCAAAUGAUUGGGGGUCCACAUUUAUGUGGCCAGGUGCUUCAACAUGUGAGGUGUCAAACGAAGAUGUUAACAAUCAAUCAUCAAAUAAUAUGUGCAAUCCUUUUUCAUCAAACUUUGAAAAUGGUUGGAAAUCUACACAGCAUUUUGUCGGAAAUCCUUUUAAAACAGAAAUCUCGUGGUCAACUAACAAUGUAUCUAAUGGUUUCAUAAAUCAGCCAUUUGACACUACAAAACCAAUUUGGGAAACUCAGUUGCUUAAUCCAUUCACCGUUGGUUCCAAUGGUCAAACUUCAACUCAUCAUUCAAACAACCCAUUUUUAUGAGGAUUUUUAUAAUUUGAACAGAACUGUUUCAUUAUAACAGGGUGUUGGAUUAAUGAAACAAAUCUAACGGAAACUUUAAUACUAGCCUGAUGAUUCAAAAUUAGCCAGCAGAGGGUUACCAAAUUUUGACAGUGUAAAAUUCUUUUGGUAAAAUUGACUCCACUUACAUUCAAACAGUUUAGGAUAAAACAUAUUUUUAAAUGUUUUUAUCUCUAUUACUUUUAAAGCAAAUGUAUUUUAAUAAAUACAGUUUAAAAUUCUGACUUCGGCCGUCCAAUAAUGACAUUAAAA